AUGUCCAAGACGCCAGCAGUCCUAGCCCCUACAUCGGCAGAUGUCCAAAUGAUGCUUGCUGCCCAAACUCACAUUGGUACCAAGAAUGUAGACCAUCAAAUGCACCCUUACGUCUGGAAGAGACGAGCUGAUGGUAUCAACAUCAUCAACGUUGGUAAAACCUAUGAAAAGCUCGUCCUAGCAGCCCGUAUCAUUGCAGCAAUCGAAAACCCACAAGACGUAUGUGUCAUAUCCGCUCGUCCAUACGGUCAACGUGCUGCCCUCAAAUUCGCUCAAUACACUGGUGCUCAAGCUAUUGCUGGUCGAUUCACCCCUGGUACAUUCACCAACUAUAUCACUCGCUCCUUCAAGGAACCACGUCUCAUCAUAGUUACAGACCCACGUACCGACCACCAACCCGUAAAAGAAGCUUCAUAUGUCAACAUACCUGUUAUCGCUCUCUGUGACUCGGACUCUCCAUUACAGUAUAUCGAUAUUGCAAUCCCUACAAACAAUAAAAACAAGCAUGCUAUCGGAUUGGCUUACUGGAUGUUGGCUAGAGAGGUAUUGCGUUUACGUGGUACUGUAGCUCGUGCCUCGCAAUGGAAUGUGAUGGUGGAUAUGUUCUUUUACCGUGAUCCUGAAGAGGCUGACAAGGAAGAAGAAAAGGCUGUCGUACCUGCUACUUAUGGUGGUGCUGCUGCUUAUGCUGGUGGUAACACUGCUGAAUGGGGUGCCGAUGUGCCUGAAUCCACCGAGUGGGGUGAUUCUACAGUCGCUGCUGCCGUAUCAGGAGGUGCCGCUGCUGCUGCUGCUCCUGCUGACUGGGGUGCACCAACUGGUGAAAACUGGGGUGCUGCUGCUCCAGAAGGCGCUUCCACCUGGGCUGACGACGAAUUAUUGGGGGAUGAUGACAUUCUCGGUGGUGACGAAGCUGCUGAUGGUGGUGUUGAAAAUGAUCUCGAUGCCAUGAAGAAACGAUUGGAACAAAUGGAAGCUGAAGCUGCCAAACUCCGGGAAUUGCAAAUGGAAGUUGAUAAGGGUAGCUCUGUUGGUGGUGAUGGAGCCAACAAGGAAGAAGUCGAUUCACGUUCAAUCUUUCUUGGAAAUGUUGAUUUCAGCACAACGCCAGAAGAAAUCCAAGCUCACUUCCAAUCUGCUGGCACCAUAAAUCGUGUGACUAUUGUUUGUGACAAGUGGACUGGUGCUCCCAAAGGUUUCGCAUAUGUUGAAUUCGCCGAUGUAUCAUCAGUCGCAACUGCCUUGGUUCAGAAUGAAACUCAGUUCAAGGGCAGGAUAUUGAAGGUUACUACCAAACGAACCAACAUACCUGGAGCUCAUCGGGGCGGACGAGGACGUGGUGGUGGAUUCGCUCCUCGAGGAUUCAGAGGUGGUGGAUAUCGUGGUGGUUUCCAGCCUGGUUUCCGUGGUGGACGUGGCGCUGGUUAUCGUGGCCGUCGUGGCUUUUAUGCACCAUACUAG